AGAUCCAUCUAUGUUAGUAAAUGUUGCUCAAGAGUUUGUAACAUAUCCAGUAGAAACUGUCGAGAUUGUAAAAGAAUUUGAAGAAAAUGGGAACAAUGAGGCUGACCUACCUAUGGAAGAUCGAAGAAUGUGGACAGAUGAUAGCACACGAAUUUUAAUUGAACUGUACCAGAAGUUCAAUGAAGAAUUUAAUUCUGGAAUAAAAAAAUUUGUGUGGAAUAAAAUUGGAAGUCAUAUAUCACAAGUUGUCGGAAUGACAAUUACAGGAGUGCAAUGCGAUACUAAGUGGAAAGGGUUGGUAAAACAAUAUAAAAGCAUUAAAAAGCACAAUGACACAUCAGGAAAUGAUACAAAAUAUUGGAAGUUUUAUGCAUGCAUGGAUGAAAUUUUGUUUAAUAAGCCUGAAAUAAAUGCAGUAGCCACUUGCAGUAGUUCCAGAGGGUUGAAAGUUGCGCCAGAGUUCUUAGAGACCAACUUACAACAUGAAACUACGAAGAACAACACACCUUCUCCAUCUACAUCUAGGUGCAGUACUCCUGUAUCUAAUAGGAAUAAACCGUUGAAAAGGAAAGUAAGUGAAAACGCUUAUGAAAGAAGACACAAAGAAAAAUUGGAACGCCAGGACCGAUUUUUAAAUAUAUUUGAAAAACUUGUGGACAAAUUGGGUACUGACGCAAAUCACUGCAACAAUUGUGUUGGUGAUAAAGAAAAUUAAAAUGUAACCAAAUGUUUUGAAUUGUACGUUUUUCAUUUUUUUAUAGUAAGGGUUAAUUUUAGUUUUUUUUUUUAAAUAACUUAACAUACUUUAUUUGGUGAAAAAAGAAUAAA